AUGUGCGUCCUUUACCGGGACCCUGCCCUUCCAUUAGUACCUCCACCAGGAUUUAGACACGCAGACGAGAGCCUCAACGAGGCCGCACGCAGUGCUGCUGCGCUCGAACAAGAAGAACUGCCUGACCUCGGACCAGUUUUCGAAGUGGUUCAGGCCUAUCGCCAACAAGAAGAGAGGCGAAAGCAGAUCAAGGUAGUCUUGCGAGGCCAGCCAAGUGUUGCAUUCCUCGAGAUCGGGCAGCAGAAGGGAAGUGAGAUUGCUGAUCCAGAUGCGAACAAGAACAUCCACCACCACCACCCCUCCCCCUCCAUCUCUGCCACCGACGGCAGGGCCAUCCCCACCGAGCAACCCCUACCUCACCUCAACCUCGCCCGCGACGCCGCCAUCGUCCACCUCGAACCCCGACCCAACGGCGGCUUUGCUAUUGGCGCCGCUCCUGUCCCUACGCUCUCGCCCACCCCGGUCGGCGUUCUUUGGCCCUCCCAGCUUCAGCGCCUGUUCGGUGGCCACUUCCAACCCAAGUUCAAGGGCCCAGUCAACCGAACUCCCCCGCGUCUGGUCUCUCGAGCGUACACCGCGGCGAAGCUGAGCCUCCUCCGCCUGAAGACGAGCAUUCAGAAUUAUGAAGCCGGCCCGCCUCUACUACCACAAACGAUGGAAAGCGCCGGCCUUCAUGAGACACCCCUCCAACACCGCCACCACUCCCCAAAUCUCCACGUGAUGCCUUCCGACUUGGGCACGCCGGCCCAUGUCACCGACCAUGGCGUCCCCAGCAACCUCCGCAGCACGGAGGACAACCUGUUCGAUCAACCUUUCCCUCCAGAGCUCGAUCCUGUGGGCGCCAACGAUCUGCCCCUCGACCAUCCUACCCUCUUCACCACCUCCUCCCACGACCACGAGCCUGCGACGCCUGUGCCCAACAGCCUCGAACAUGAUGCAACCUCGGUCGCCUUGGACAGUGUCCUUGAAGCUCAGCCAGGACCACUCACUAGCGAACAGCUGCAGGAGAGCGGGUAUGCCAUGCUGUCCUUCGCCGACAGCUACCACGUGUUGAAGCAUCCCAACCUUGUCAUCGUUCGGGAUGAAAACUACCAGCGACGCGCUCAAGCCGAGAAGAAGAUGGAGAAGCGUGAGGCCAGACGGCGAGAGAUACAGGAACGGCACACACAACAAGCUCUGAAUGACUAUGCUCAAGAGCCCAGUCAGCCGUCUCAGACCGGCGACGAUGUGGCUCCUUAUCCGUCGUCUGGAUCCGGCGAUGGCGAUGCCCUCGAAGGACGUCCUGCCCGUGGCUUGCUGAGCCACUACAGCGAGCAAGGCGGUCCUGUCGCCUACUACCCUCCAUCAGAUGACGACGCGGAACGCUUUCGAAGACGGGAGCGCCGUCGCAUAAAGCCCAGCUCCUCGUCUGCCACUUCCAUUGCCCCCAACGACCUGCAUCAGUUCGACACAAUAACAAUGUCUGCACGGGACGGUGAAGCCUACACUGGAUCGGCAGCCACCGACGAUGGAGAGAACUGGGCACAACUACCAGUCCACACUGCGAAUCCAGACGACAUCAAGCAGAUCUCACGCGAGCACCUUAUCUUCAGCUACGACCCCGAGAACCUCCGCUGGGUCUUGCAUGUUGUGGGAAAUAAUGCAUAUGUCGGCGACCAGCUGUACAGGAAAGGCGACAAAGAUAUUCCACUGGAAAGUGGCACCGAGAUUUUCAUCUCGACUCUACGAAUAGUAUUCAGACUCCCAAUCCAACUCGACAAUUUCGAAUCAGUCGACUCGGACGAGGAAGUCGAUGAGCUAGACGAAGCGGCUACCGAUGCGGACUCUACUCCCGAACGACCCCUCUCCAAGAGCUCAGAGGUCGAUGUCGACGACGAGGAUGCCGAGGAGCCGGAGCGCAAAACACAGAAACCCAUCAAGCUGAAACUGAAAGCACCCAAAGCCCCUGCGAAAGAACCAAGUGCAGGCAAGGACAAAGGCAAGGGUAAGGGUAAGGGUAAGGGCAAGGAGCCUCCUGCGAAAGCAAGCGGCAAGUCGAAGGCUAUCGAGGCCAAAGCGUCUGAACAGCCCGAUUCAGCAAAGCCGGCCGAUAAAGGCAAGGAAAAGGAAGCCUUGGAAGCCGCUGCUGCUAGAUUCGGUCCUGAAGCUGUAGCCAAAACGCUAGAGCAGAAUGGCUCCCGGCCUGCUAACAUCCUGCCCGGCUCGAUACUAGAGGGUCUUGCGCCGAACGAAAUGCCAGAGAAGCGAAAAGGUCCAGGACGCCCGCCUAAGAAUGGUUUUCUAUCCAAGCGUGACGAGAGAGCUGUCAUGCGCCGCCAGAAAGAAUACGAGCGUCGUGGCUUGACAGUACCAGAGUUCAACGCCAUCCUUGCAGAGGUUCGUGAAGAACAAAAGGCCAAGGAUGCGGCAGCCAAGGGAAACAAGCUACGGCCCGAGGGCGUGCCUGAUGCAGUGGAGAGCAUUGAAGCUGCAGAUCAGCCUCAAGAUGGCGUUGGAGGCCAGACUCAGCCAGGAGAUUCGCACACCUCUCAAAGUGCUGAUCCUGCAGCGGGACUGGCGGGACCAUCGGGACUCACCAGACGACCAUUGAGAUCGCCAUCGCCGAUGAAGCCGGCGGAGGAAUUCACCGAAGAAGAGCUAAAGAAACCCCAGGCAUCCUACUUUUACCUCCUGGACGAGAUUUUGCAGGCGGUCGGCCAGGCAGACUUGCAGACGAUCUAUGACAAGUUCCAGAAGCGUUGGCCAUACUACAAGUACAGUGUCACCACCAACGGCUGGCAGAGCAGCAUCAGACACAACUUGAGUCAGUUUUCGAGAUUCAAGCCCGUGGGCAAGGUUGGCAAGGGUCAGCUGUGGGCAAUCGACUACAAUGCGCCUCGCGAGGAGAACACCAAGAAGAAGAAAACACCGCCUCCACCGCGUCACCCUCAAGGGCCUAUGCAGAAUGGAUCCAUGCCUCCCGGCAUGCCACCUCCAUACCAGCAUGGGCAGCAUCCACCACAGCAAUACCCGCCUCGAUACAACCAGGGUGUUUACAACCCCGGACAAGGCCAGUACAGCAGUCCGUAUGGAUCCCAAGGAGGACAGUAUCAACCGCAUGGCAAUCCUGGCCCUGCUGGCUACAACCAGAUCAUGCCACAGGUGAAUGGAAGGCCGGUCAAUCCUCAGGCUCACAUGCAGCCGCCGCCAGCACCGAUGCCACAACCCGUCCCGCCUGCAAACCCCGUUCAAGCGAUUACAGCGGACAUCAUGCAGUUUCGGAAUGUCCACAUGGAACGCUUCCCACCGGAGGGGCCCCUCUACGACGCAGAAAGCAAGAAGUUCUUCCAGGGUGUGGAUUAUUUCUCCGCCAUCUUUCAUGGCCAAGGGAAGAAGGAGGAGCACUAUCCUGGCGAAGAGGCUCUUCAGACUGAGCCUUGGGUGACGCUCAAGGCUAUCUUCGACCGGCACGAUACACGGGGUAGCAUAGGAGCGAACUCGCAAUCGGCCGAGUCGAAUGGCGCAACGAACGGGCAGGGGCAGAGUCAGGUCGAAGGCCAGAGACCGGGUGACAAUGGUGUCGCGAGCGGCCAAACCAACGGUCAAACCAUGCCUCCACAGCAGCCACAUCCUGCCCCGCAACAGGUCCCACAGCAAGUGCAGCAGCAAAGUGGCCAUCAGGGGGCGCCUAACAUGGCACCGCCGACUCACGUCAUGCCAAACGUGGCUCAAGGUGUGCAGAACAGUGUGGCAUCUCAGAAUGCAGCCGCUGCAGCACAGACAGCUCAAAUGCCACCUGUCAAUCCUGCAGGCCCCAACGUACAGCCAGGCCCCCAACAGGCGAUCCAUCCUUCGCCUAUCCAACCUGACGUGCAAAUGUCCGAUGGGCCAACUGGCGUCAAUGGUGCCCAGCAGCCUACUGCGACGCAAGUAGCCACGGCGCCAACACCUGUUCAGCCUGCAUUGCAAAGGCCCGACGGGCAAUUUGGCGUGAGUACUGCGCAGCAGCCUAUGGUGGCGCCAGCGUCAACAUCUGUUCAGCCUGACAUGCAGAAAUCCGGUGCACAACUCGACAUAAAGAAUGAGCAGCAGCCUGCCGUGACGACCCCUGUCCUCGCUGAGGUCCUACCACAACAGACGCCAACAGCAUCUCAGCCUGCACCUCCUGCAGACCAAAGCAAGCAGUCGUCGCCAUCAGGGGAACAACCUCGUCCAGUGUCAGCCGGUGUCAAGCGUAGCGCUGCAGACGUCGAGAUGCAGGACGCCGAGACGGAGGCUAAGCGUCUGCGAACAGAAUGA